AUGGCCUCCCUCCUCCCGUCCUCGGCUACGCGCCAGUCGACGGCCCUGUCGCUGCGUCUCAGCCCUGCAGCCGUCUCCCUCCGCACAUCUAGUUCCUUUUCCACAUUAUGCUCUCGGGCACGACUGUCUUCACAUUCCCAGCCUCAAUUCUCACAUCGCCCGGCGACCUCGCAUCAACCCUCUCUUCCUACCCGCUCAACCCGCACAUUCCUGACGCACUUCCGCCACCAAGCACAAGCCCUGAAGGAACAACCUGUGACACCCACUGGCCCAGUUAAGCCGCCCCAGACACCGCAGCCGGCUCUGCAGCUUAAUAAUCUUCCCUACUUUGUUCGCCGCACUCCCUCCAACCAACUUCCCGUCUACCUUGUCACAAAAGCCGGCGGCACGAAGCAGCAGACCAAGAUUCAAAAGACGGAGGGCGACAUGGAUGCUCUGCGCAGGGAUUUGGCGUUGGCGCUUGGCGUUGAAUCGCCCAACGGACCGCCCCCCAAGAAGCCUGAGGUUACGAUUAACCGGCUGAAUGGGCAUAUUCUUGUCAAGGGCUGGCGGAAACCGGAGAUCCAGAAGUUUCUCGAGGAACGGAACUUCUAA